GAAAUGAAAACAAAACCGAAAAACGUCGGCUUAUAAGUAUUGUCCAGAAAACCCUGACAGAUCAGAUGGGAGCAACAAUCCAGCCAAUACAUGAGUUGGUGGUCGCUAGUCAACUAAGAUCUGUUUAUAUUUUAACCACGGAGGUAAUUAAAUGAGGAAUUGAAGACUGCAUAUCAAGAGGAGAAACAUCUGCUGCAAGCUAUUAUCUGAAGCCACAAGGAGUUCUGACAGCGUACCAAGCUGAGAUAAACAGAUGUCGGGGAAAAGAGAGAGACUGAACAAGGCCUUGUGCCAGUACACCAAAAAGACCCUCAGCUACAUUGACACAGUGAGAAGGUUCUGUGAGAGGCACUCUAAAUGGACGUAUGCAAGGAAGACAGAGUUGACAAAGAUGACAAAAGACACCAAUCAACAAAAGCUGGCUGCUGUGCUGAAGGACACUCUGGGAGGUCUGGAGAAGCUCGACUGCUUCCUGCAUGCAGUGGAGAAGCUGGCGGUCACCUCACUUCAUGUGUUCACGGAGGAGAACUCAGUGUUACAUCUGCCAGAGGGGAUCAAACCUGAACAUGUUCAGCUUGUCAUCUUUGGUGCACGGAUAAUCUGCCCUCUCCUCCUCGUGUUUAAAAGAGAUGCAAGUGUCUUCUUCCGUCCCAAACUUCAGAAUAUUGAAGUGCUGUCAUAUCAGCUGGACAAAUACAUCGAAACAACCCAGGAAAUCUGUGAGAAGUUAGAGAAAAGCCUCUUCAGCGACACUUGCCCGAAGAUGAACGACGAAACCCUGGUGGACCUGCCUGUGGAUUUGUCUGAAGAUGACGUACAAAGGAUGCUUUGUCACAUUAAUCAGCUCAAGCGAAUCCGGAUGGACCAGCACUUCCGCAUGGUGUUCUUGUUCCAGGAAGUGUCAUGUUCUGGCUUCCUCAGUGAGUUCAGCAAGCGACAACCCGGGAUACUGCAGUCUCUGGAAGACCUGGAGCAAUGUGCUGUUCAGCUAGACAGGAUGAAUAAGGGGGCAAAGAUCUCCAGUGUGGCAGGCAGCUCAGUGGGGGCAGUUGGAGGUGUGCUUUCCAUCAUUGGUUUGGCAUUAAUACCUGUAACAGCUGGACUUUCUCUAGGUCUCAUGAUAGGUGGGACAACACUUGGAAUUACCAGUGGAGUCAACAGUGUGGUCACGACUGCCACAGAGAUUGGCGUAAACCGUAAACAUCAAAACAAAGCCAGUAAGUCUUUCCAGAGCUUCAUGGAGGAUGUGCAGAGUAUCCAGGAUUGUCUGGAGGAGGUGUCCACUCAACCAGCUGCUAACAUCCAAUCGAAUGCAGAACAUGUCAAAGUAAUCUUUAGGCUGUGCACUGCUGUGUCAGUUGGAUGUCAAAUUAAUUCACUUCUUAAAGAUGUCCCUGCUUUUAAGGCAGUGCAGAAAGGACAAGCAUUACAUAACGUUUGCAGCGUGUCGUCAGAAAUACAAGACAUCGGACAGAUAUCAGUCAAGGGGUCCCUUGCCCUCUCCAAGUCAGCCAGGAAGAUGUGGAUAGGGGUCAAUGCUCUCUUCCUUGGCAUAGAUGUCUUCAUCAUCUGUAAAGACAGCAUCAGUCUGUACAAAGGCUGCGAGACUGAGGUCUCACAGUUCAUCAGAGCCAAAGCCGCACUUUGGUGCUCAGAGAUGGACUCAUGGCAGACGAUCUAUGACUUUCUGUGCAAAGGUCUGCAGACAUCAGAGAAUAACAAAGCAGUCCUGGAGAAGCCAUUUUAUCCAGAAAGGGAGAUGAAGAAACGCAGACAAACGGGAAGGAAAAUUCCAUUUGAUGAAGUGGAUGAAAAACAGAAAAUAAAUAAGAAAAAGUCAUGUGUAAUACAGUAGUGCACAGUGAACAGAGACGAGUACCAACUCUGACACUUUGAUCACAUAUCAGAUCAAUUUAAAUUAUGUUUAAAUGUAUCUUUGAGGAAUUCUUAAUUAGCUGUAAUUCUCAUGUCAUAAACCAAUUCGUUGAUUUCAUGAAUCUUUUGCUGAACCUGUUUAAAAUAAAUAUGCAUUAUUGUGUGUUAUUUAGCACAAAAAAUAGAAUUACUAUUUUAAUCCUAGAUUUGCAAUUACUGUAAAAUGAAAUAAGAGCAAAAUAUUAUGCAAAAUUACAUUCUGUACAGUCUGUAUGAUCUUCAUUAUUAUGUAUGUAUAAUUCAAUCUGUACAUUUUUCUUGCACAAUUUAAUCAAUAAGAAUUUAAAAAGUAAAAGUGUUUUUCUUUUAAUAAAAACAAGAAG